AUGCAUAAAGAUGCUAAUUUAUGCCAUUUUAUUUUGCGUGACGUCAAAACCAAAGCAAAAUUCCCUAAUUCAAAAGUUGGUUUAUCUGGAAUCACGUUUAGACAGGAUAUAGAACAAGCAACUAAAAUACAGGAAGUCAACAAGAAACUCGAAGAAAUGGCUGCAAAGCACGAUGUUAUGUUCAUUGAUAACUCUUCUAUUGAUCACACAUGUUUAAAUGGGCGCAAUCUACAUCUUAACGGCAAAGGUUCAGCAGUCCUGGCCUCACAUUUUAUUACCUUUCUGAGAGGAAAUCAACCCCGUGUUGUUCAAGACACGACUCGUUCUGAGAAGGAUUUUCGUAUGGCAACAAUCAAUCAAAUAGGGGACAUGCUGAAAGCGAUACUCGUGGGGAACUCUCGCAAAAUUCAACGAUAA